AUGAGUUGCCUAGCCUGGAACUGUCGUGGGCUUGGGAACCUACGUACAGGGAGAGAGCUUGUGGAGUUGACACGGGCAAAAGAUCCCUCUGUAGUGUUUGUGGCUGAGACACUUACAGAUGAUGCAAGGCUGGAGAUUGUACAAAGAAGCAUGGAUUAUGAUCAUAGAUGGGUGGUUCCACGGGAGGGUAGAGGUGGUGGCUUGGCUUUGUUUUGGAAGUCGUCAAUAAAUCUGUCAGUAGUGGGGUCGUGCAAAUAUUAUAUUGAUGCUAUCGUAGAUGGGGGUUCCAAAAAUGAAUGGAGGCUAACCGGAUUCUAUGGUGAGCCUGAUACAGUAAGAAGAUCAGAGGCAUGGGAUAAGCUCAGGUAUCUCAAUUCUCAAUCUGAAGUACCUUGGUUAUGCUUUGGGGAUUUUAAUGAGAUAAUUAAACAAGAUGAAAAGGUGGGAGGAGCUCUAAGACCCCAUAAUCAAAUGCAGUUGUUUAGAGAAGUGUUAGACGAAUGUGGGUUUAUGGAUUUGGGGUAUGUGGGACCAAAAUUCACAUGGGCUAGACAUUAUGAUAAUGGUAACUCAAUAUGGGAGAGACUAAACCGGGGUUUGGCCACUAAUAAUUGGUUUCUAAAAUUUCCUGGUACAAGGGUUCACAAUUUAAGGUGUGAUUCUUCGGAUCACAACCCAAUCCUCAUCGUGUUCUCAGGAUUGGAUCCUCCUAAAAGGAAGAAAGUGUUUAGGUUUGAAGAAACGUGGUUGUCAAAUCCGGGGUGUUCUGAAAUUGUUGAAGCAGUGUGGAAUAGGUGUGAUAAUGAAUCUUUGGAAGGGAUUGUAGGUAGAGUUGAAAAAUGUGGAAGGGAUUUGGGUUGGUGGGAGAAGAAUGUGUUUGGGAAUGUAAGAAGGGAGUUGGAAAAAUUGAAAAAACUUCUACCCAAGGCUGAGGAGGAGGCAAUUCUUAGGGGUGACAAUACUAGAAUUAGAGAACUAAGAAAGGAAAUUGAAGAAUGGCGGGAUAAGGAGGCGACAAUGUGGGCACAAAGAUCAAGAGUUUUAUGGGCAAGACAGGGGGAUAAAAAUUCAAGGUACUUUCAUAGUUGUGCUACAAAAAGGUACCGAAAAAAUUUGAUUGAAGGUAUGAGAGAUGAAGAAGGUGCAUGGAAGACCAACCCGGAAGAAUUUACAGAAAUUCUUGUAAGCUACUACCAUUCACUUUUCAACUCCACGGGUCAGUUGGAUUCUUCACAGGUAUGGGAGUGUGUACCUAGGGUGAUUACUGAUGAGAUGAAUGCCCUAUUAUGCAAGAAAUUUGAAGUACAUGAAGUAGAAGUGGCUUUGAAUCAAAUGGCUCCCCUCAAAGCCCCUGGUCCAGACGGAAUGCCACCUCUUUUCUACCAACACUUUUGGGGAACCGUUAAUCAUGAUGUUACUGCCUCCAUCCUCAUGUGGCUAAAUUCAGGGCAACAAUGGAGGAGUGUGGCAAAGUAUUGGAGAUUUUAA